AUGAGCCUCAAUCGCCAGGACGCAACGCAGAAGAAUGAGGCGGAUGGGACAGCAAGGCCUACUAUGCAAGGCUUGCAAUUGCCUUCAUCCGGCGCUCCAGCCAAGGAUUCGAUCUCUGCACCGCCCUCCAUGCUACGCCGGACACAAACUAGGCUGGCCGACCCGGUCGUGGCUGCAUUCAUGGCCGGAGGCGUUGCCGGUGCCGUUUCAAGAACGAUUGUAUCCCCUCUGGAACGAUUGAAAAUCCUACUCCAGAUCCAAAGUGUCGGUAGAGAUGAAUACAAGCUGUCGAUAUGGAAAGCUCUCAAGAAGAUGAAACGAGAGGAAGGCUGGCGAGGCUUUAUGCGCGGUAACGGAACCAAUUGUAUCCGCAUUAUCCCCUACUCUGCGGUGCAAUUUGGGAGUUACAAUUUCUAUAAGAAAUUUGCUGAAACUCCCGAGGGUGAGAUGACACCAACACGUCGUCUUAUUUGCGGAGGUAUCGCGGGCAUCACGUCUGUCACGGUCACGUACCCGCUGGAUAUCGUCCGUACUCGACUUUCCAUCCAAUCGGCAUCCUUUGCGGACCUGGGGGCCCGAGAUCCAUCCCAAAAGCUACCCGGCAUGUUCACGACUAUGGUGACGAUAUACAAAACCGAAGGCGGUAUGGUUGGCCUCUAUCGUGGAAUCGUCCCCACGGUUGCUGGUGUUGCUCCAUACGUCGGGCUCAAUUUCAUGACCUAUGAAUCGGUCCGCAAAUACUUGACUCCCGAGGGAGACAAGAACCCUAAUCCUUGGCGAAAGCUGCUUGCUGGUGCCAUUUCUGGGGCCGUGGCGCAAACCUGCACAUAUCCCUUUGACGUGCUACGGCGACGCUUCCAAAUCAAUACAAUGUCCGGUAUGGGCUACCAAUAUAAAUCCAUCUGGGAUGCAGUGCGGGUCAUCGUGGCCGAAGAGGGACCACGUGGACUAUUCAAGGGCAUUGGACCAAAUCUACUCAAGGUUGCACCCAGUAUGGCCAGUAGCUGGCUCAGUUUCGAGUUGACGAGAGACUUCCUCAUCAGCCUGAAUGAUAGAGAAUAG